UAAACUUUUAAAACUGCGUGCGCAGAUGAUAUAGCAGCCAUAAUAUCCGACGUAUUAUCAGCUCCAACAAGAUUUUAUUACCCUUUUUAUUUUACAUUGUUAAUUAAUUUCAAAUGAUAGAUAAUUUAUGAAAAUAAAUAAAAAUGGCAGAAAAUAAAAGCAGUUCGAGUGUAGAGGAAAAACCAGCAGAAGUAUCACCAAUGAGUCAAUGUUACGAAAAUUAUAUUCUCGUUGACGUGGGUGCAAAUAUGACGAACAAAAAAUACAGCCGUGAUCUCGACAGUGUCAUCCAACGAGCUAAAGAUGCUGGUGUACAGAAAAUAAUGGUAAUUGGAGCAAGUGUACGUUCGAGUAAAGAAGCAUUGCGGCUGACAAGAAUAUAUCCAGGUGUACUCUAUUCAACAGCUGGUGUACAUCCUCAUGACGCUAAAUCAUGGGAGGAUUCAGAUACAUUGAGUGAACUCGAAAGUAUCGCAAGUAAUCCAGAGUGUGUUGCUAUCGGCGAGUGUGGUCUUGAUUACAAUCGAGAUUUCUCAGAUCCAGAAACACAGCGCGCUGUUUUUCAUAAACAAAUAGAAUUAGCUUGCCGAUUAAAUAAACCGCUGAUUGUUCAUGAACGUGGUGCACAAGCAGAUGUUUUAGAGGUACUGAGUCAUUACAAAAAUCGUUUGCCACCAGUGAUGAUUCAUUCAUUUGUUGGGAUGGCUGAUGAAGCACAAUUGUAUAUCGAUCAAGGAUUUUAUCUUGGUAUCACUGGUUAUUUAUGUAAGGAUAAAUCUGACAGCGGUGUACGACAAAUACUUGAGACUGGCAAUGUGCCAUUGGAUAAAAUAUUAGUUGAGACUGAUGCUCCAUUCAUGUAUCCCAAUACUAGAGCUAGUAAGCUACCGAGUCAUGUUAAAGAAGCACUAACUGAAAGAUCAAUGACUUUUCUACAUCGUUAUUGUACUUUUCAACGUAAUGAACCGUGUGCCUUGCCGGCAAUUGUCGAAAUGAUAGCUGCUUUUAUGAACAAAUCACCUGAAGAAGUAGCACUAGCAACUGCAUUCAAUGCUCUUAAAUUAUUUGGUUUAACCCAAUGAUUUUUUAUUUACUUUUAUUUACAGUCGAAUAAAAAAUUGUGUAACUUUAUUUUUAAGGGGGACUAUUAGUAUGAUCACCUGAAGAAAAAUGAGUUUUGGGAAUUUUUUUAAAGAAAACUACUGCAUGGAAUGUUUUGAUGUUUCAAGGAUAUAUUUGUGGAUAUAUAUUGAAUACAAGAUAAAUUUUUUGGACCAAAAAAUUCAAAAUUCAACGAGUUUUUCACAAUUUUUUAACGGUACAAAAAAAAGUUCCCCACUGCUGCAGUGAUAGUGAUCUUCACGGGAAAUGAAAUAAAAAAAAAAACAAAAUGUUUAUUAAACUAGAAGGUUUCUCCCGUACUAUGACUCUCGGGCUGAAAAAAAAUUAAAAUUUAACGAAAUGGUGGAGUGACUGCUCUUCAGAUGGCUGUAACUCAAAAAACUAUUCGAUAUGUACUCGAAAUUUUAGUAUGUUAUUUUUGAAGGUAUAGAUUCGAAAUAUGCAAGAAAAACAAAUUGAUUUUUUUCAAAAUUUCACACUAGUGGUCCCCCUUAAUUAAGAAACUAUUAAAAUUAUAAUAGUGGUGCUCGUCGGUGCUGAAAAAAAUAAUUUUCAACAAAUCUAUAGGCAGCUUUUUAAGUGCUAGUAAUUUAAAACAAACAAAUUAAUCGAACAAAAUUAUAAAAAUUAAUUAUAUUACGAAUAAUUUAUAACAAGUAUAACUUGUUUUGGAUUUUUAAUUGUUAUUAUGAUUGGAUAUUUUUGGUACUAAUCAUUGUUAUGUAUUUUAAAAUUAUAAAACGCAACAUGUUUUUUAUUUUUUAAUAAAAAAUAUUAAAUAAUUCGUGACGAUAAUGGUACGAAUUAUAAUUUUUUUUUUAAAUUUAAUUUUACGAACAUUUUAUUUAGAAACGAACUAAUUAUGUACAACUAACUUGUUUU